GACACAAGAACCGAGAUAUUAUAUAAAUUAAAUUAUAGCAUGUCGGUUUGUCGAUUUUAUCCAGCCAAUUAUGUAUUCGCGAACAGUUUAACAGAUAUUUGCGUUGACUAAGUAAAGCGAAAAAAAUGAGUUCGAUACCGAAAUUUUUAAACGUUAAAGAAAGGUGUCCAUCAGGAACCUGUAGUCCAGUUCUUGCUUGGUCUCCUUUGCCGCAAAAAAGGCAAUUAAACUUUAUUAAAAAUUCCAGCAGCAAUAAUAAGAAUUAUAACGAAAACAAACAACCAUUAUAUCCAAACUGCGACUUUACAAUUUGGUUGAGGUCCUGUCAAGAAGAAAUUAAAUUUCCUAUAUAUGGAAAAAUUUCAGGUGAGAUUCCAAAAUGGUUGAAUGGUUCUUUGAUUCGCAACGGACCUGGAUCAUUAAAAGUGGCUGAUGAGGAAUUUACACAUCUUUUUGAUAGUUCAGGAUUGCUGCACAAAUUCGGUAUAAAAAAUGGUGAAGUAACCUACCAAUGUCGUUUCUUGCAGUCAGAUGUGUAUAAGAAAAAUUGGAAAGCAAAAAGAAUUGUCCAUAGCGAAUUUGGUACAAAAAUUGUAGAAGAUCCUUGUCAUUCCAUUUUUAAGAGAAUUGCCACUGUGUUUAGUAAGGAAGUUUCAGAUAAUUCUAUGAUUUCUGUAUAUCCUUUCGGUGAUGAAUUGUACGCAUUUGGAGAAACGCCCAUGAUUCAUCGUAUAGAUUCCGAAACGUUGGAAACCAAAGAAAAAGUGAAUAUUGGCGAAUAUGUUUCGAUUGUGAAUCAUACAUCUCAUCCACAUGUUUUGAAAUCUGGUACAGUCUAUAAUUUAGGAAUGUCUAUUUCUUCUUCUGGAAUAUAUCAUAAUAUAGUAGAGUUUCCACAAACUGAAACCGGUUUUUCUAAAUCAAUGUUCGAAAAAGCUCGUAUAGUUGCUUCAGUUCCAGCAAGAUGGCGUUUACAUCCCUCUUACAUGCAUAGUUUUGGUAUAACAGACAAUUAUUAUAUAAUUGUAGAACAACCAUUGAGUAUAUCAGUUCUUGGUCUCAUUUCAUCAAAACUAAACAAUGAGCCUUUAGCAGGUUGUUUCAGAUGGUACCACGAAGAAUAUACCAGAAUAACGGUUAUUUCCAGAACCAAUGGAGAAGUAUUUGAAACAUUUUUUUCCAAAUCAUUUUUCUAUUUACAUAUAAUCAAUCAGUAUGAAAUGGAUAAUCAUAUAGUUUUAGAUAUCUGUAUGUACAAAGACCCUUCAAUGUUGGACUGUAUGUACAUUGAAACAAUGAAGACAAUGCAACAAAAUCCUGAUUAUGCAAAAAUGUUUCGAGGACGUCCAGCAAGAUUUGUUCUACCUCUAGAACCUAUUCGAGAUGCAGCAGAAAGUAGAAAUUUAGUUACUUUGAAAAAUGUGCACGCUAAAGCGUACUACAUGUCCAAUAAAAAGAUUUUAGUAGAACCAGAGAAACUUUGUGAUAUAGGAUGUGAAACACCAAGAAUUAAUUAUGAAAAUUACCUGGGUAAACCUUACAGAUACUUCUAUGCAAUUAGUGCAGAUGUUGACGCAGAUAAUCCAGGAACUCUCAUAAAAGUAGAUGUUUCAUCGCAUUCAACCAAAACAUGGUGUGAGAAAAAUUGCUAUCCAAGCGAACCUAUAUUUGUACCUAGUCCGGAUUCCAAGACUGAGGAUGAAGGUGUAAUUCUGUCGGCGAUGGUGUGGGGAGAAGAAGAUACCAAUCACGUUGGUUUGUUAAUCCUAGAUGCUGUAACAUUUACUGAACUAGGUAGAGCAGAUUUUCAAACGCUUUCUCCAGCUCCAAAAUGUUUACACGGUUGGUACCUCCCGUCUAAAUGAAAAAUACUCGAAUAAAUUUAAAAUCAGCAUAUAUUGUUAUAAAUACAAUGUUUUCGAUAAAUAAUAAACUGUAUGAUCAUCAAUAAAACAGUUAAUAGAAUAUUCUAGCUAAUGUAACACAACUACAUACAAAUGUACUUUGAAAUAAAUAAAUAAAAACGUUCAUUUCUAAGAAUUUUCUUGGACUAACAAAUAAUAAAAGUGUGGGGAUUAAAGUUAGAA